UUUAUUUUGAAAGACAAUUGUCGUCACAGAAGACGUAGACUAUUACGUCGCACGCCGCAGCCUCUCGACGUCAUGUGGAAAAUAGCAAUGUCGGAGGAGGUAGGCAAGGCGCUCCAGUCGGUGGUGCAGCGGGUCAACCAGGCUGCAUCCCGACGAUCCAAGACGCUACCAGCUGUGCCACCUCGACUUGUCGCUGUCAGCAAAACCAAACCUCCCGAGAUGGUGGUGGAGGCUUACAACCAAGGCCAGCGUAACUUUGGAGAAAACUAUGUUAAUGAACUUGUGGAUAAAGCUUCAGAUCCUAUGAUUUUAGAAUCAUGCCCAGAAAUCAAGUGGCAUUUUAUUGGUCAUCUACAGAAGAACAAUGUCAACAAACUCUUGGGUGUGCCAAAUUUGUUCUUGGUUGAGACGGUUGACUCUGCAAAACUGGCAGACAAGGUCAACAGCUCAUGGCUGCGUAUCAGAGGAGCGAGCACGCAGAGGUUAAAGGUCAUGGUGCAGAUCAACACCAGUGGUGAACAGAGUAAAUACGGCCUCCCGCCAGAAGAAGCAGUCAAUACCGUCAAGCACAUCGUGUCACAGUGCUCUGCUCUGCAGUUCUUAGGACUCAUGACCAUUGGACGUUACGGCUACGACCUAACCCUCGGCCCAAAUCCAGACUUUCAGAUGCUUCUGAGCCGGCGACAAGAGGUUUGUGACAGUCUGAAGCUGCCUCUGGAUGAGGUGGAGCUCAGCAUGGGGAUGUCCACUGAUUUUGAACAUGCCAUUGAAGUUGGGUCAACUAACGUUCGGGUGGGAAGCAUCAUCUUCGGCAACAGGGAGUAUCCCAAUAGCGCAGCCAACACUCCGAUUCCCAGUCCCGCCCCCAGUCCGGCUCCCAGCCCGGAGAAAACAGCCAAGCAGGUGUCUGAAGAAGCCGCUAAGAAAAUGCAGCAUCUGACAGUCUGAACACUAAUAAGUUGUCAAUUUCCUUUGUAAGAGAAACAAUACAACUAUAAAAUGUGCUAACAAGAAGAGCGCUGAAAAUUCCCACACACACAUUGGGUUAAGAUUCCAUAAUUAUUGCAUAUUUUAAUAAAAUCUAUAUAUUUUUUGCCACUAAAUGGUAUAGUACCCCCGUCUGUCACCUUCGAGCUGUGCUAGAAGUUAGAAGACAACCGUAACCGAAUAAAAUUCUGUUUUCAUUUUCUCUAUAAACCGAAUCGAGCUGGAGUUUGGUGAGGAUUUAUUUCCAGGUUUUAUUGUGCAGGUGCAGCGGGACUUUUCACUUAAUAAAUCUCUCAUCCCUUUA